CUUCAGCGGUACUGAGUAAUCAGUCGAUUGCAAGCUAUCGUGACCGUUCUAUUCAAGAUAACUUCUUAUUUAUAUAUUUAUACUGCAUUUUAUAAUAUUGUUAGUAUGAAUCUAACCGCAAUGGCUGGCACUUUGCUUUACUUUGCGUAUGGAAGUAAUUUGCUCGAAUCUCGGUUACAUAUCGCUAAUCCUAACGCGACUUUUUUUGACAUUGCGCGCUUAGAGGACUAUAGAAUCGACUUUGUGGGAAAUUCUAAAGUAUGGAGCGGUUCUGUGGGAACAAUAGUUGAACUUCCAGGUUCUCACGUCUGGGGCGUGAUCUGGGAAUUACCCGCCAGCGAAAUAUCGAACCUAGAUCGCCAAGAAGGUGUUCAUACUGGAAAAUACAAAGCUUUUAAUGUUAAUGUCACGACACCCGAUGGGGAAAUUUUUGAGUGUCGCACUUACAAGCAGAGUUUAGAUCCUGAAGAAAUUGUUGAGCUUGAUCAGCUUCCGGAUGAUCGCUUACCAUCUGUAUCUUACAUGAAAGUAAUAAUAAAAGGCGCGAAGGAAAAAAAAUUACCUGAAGAAUAUAUUAAAUUUUUAGAAAGUAUUAAAUUUAAUCCUGAAGGUACUCAUAUGCCUAAAGGAUUGGAUGUCUGUGAUUUGUAACAAUCGAAUUUGGCUCUAUAAUAAUUAUAUUGAUUUAAUAAAUGGAUUGUCAAUUGGAAAAUAUUUUAAAUUAAAAAAU